UGCUAAUGCGCAUGUGCAUACAUCGUCCCUGCGAUAUAAUGUCGUACGUUCCAAGAGGAAGAGACACACUUAUCACAGUAUUUAUUAGAAAAUAUUGACCUAAAUGACGAAUAUUAUUUCGAGCAAGUUAUUUCUACAUAUUUCCAAAGGCCCCUUCUUGCUGCUAGCCGUUUUUGUUUGCUGACUGUGGUCUGUAAGCUCCCUUUUCAGCUGCAAAAGAAUUUGGACGGUGAUUCUUUCCCCGGAAAACGGGUCAGACAACGGAACUGCCCCUAAGGUGAAAUUCAGUCUUCUUCCCAUGACUACCGACCGGUCCAACGACGGGGACGAUUUGAGUUCUUCAACUGUUUCUGCUAUUCCAAAGAAGACCACUCUAAAUCCUAAUGCCAAGGUUUUCCAAAGUCCAAAGCUUGCCAAUUCUGUAACCUCAUCUGCGGACUCAACUGACAGUAGUCCUGACUGGCAUGACAAUGAGAACAGGAGCUCUCAGGCAUCCUCCCCACAGACAGCAAUGACCACACAAGGUCCUUACCAGAUGAAUGGAGAUGUGGGGAAGUUCUCAGCAUUAGGCUACCCACCAUCUCCAGAAUCACCUGUAUACUCCAUACAGAAUGGAUACAUCAGUGGUCCAGAAUAUCCAUAUUUACCAGAUGGACAAUUAGUCACAUCUGAUGAUCUGUCACAGCAAGAGCUUCCCAAAGGAGAAGAUCUUCGCAAACUAUUACAACGCCAGUUGGAGUACUAUUUCUCAAGGGAAAACUUGGCCAAUGACAGAUACCUGCAAUCCCAGAUGGAUGCUGACCAGUAUGUUCCCAUUUCUACAAUAGCAAACUUUAAUGCUGUCAAGAAGUUAACAAAGGAUAUGCCGCUCAUUGUUGAGGUCUUAAGGGAAUCAUCUUGUGUUAAAGUGGAUGACAAAGGAGAGAUGGUGCGACCUAACCACAAGAGAUGUACUGUCAUCCUACGAGAAGUCUCCCAGGCAACUCCUCUUGAGGAUGUGAAAGCACUUUUCACUGGGGAAAACUGUCCUAAAUUUGUCAGCUGUGAGUUUGCACAUAACAGCAACUGGUACAUCACGUUUGAGUCUGACACAGAUGCACAGAAGGCUUACAGAUAUAUCCGUGAGGAGGUUGGAAUCUUUCAAGGCAAGCCAAUCAUGGCAAGAAUAAAGGCCAAACCUCUUCAGAGAAUAAACUUUUCUCCCAAGCCGGCACCUGUGAAUGGAUAUACCAACACAAGCCAACAGAUGUAUACACAACAAUUUCAGUAUCCUCCAUCACAGCAUGUAAACAGUAUCAGUCAACAGCCAUCGCAACAACAACAGCAGCAGCAGUCCUCCCAGCAGCAGCAGCAGCAGCAGCAGCAACAACAACAACAACAGCAACAGCAACAGCAACAACAAAGUCAAUCACAGCAGCAGCAGCAGCAGCAGCAGCAGUACCCUUUCUACUCUACAGGUGUUGGGCAAUCACAGACGUGGGGUGUGACAAGCCCAACUUACUUUGAGCCACCACCAAUGCAACAGCCUCAGGCCUUUUCUCCUGGUGCCUUUCCUCCUCCACCACCCCCGCCACCUCCACAGAACAAGUUCCAGACUAUCAACGUCAAUCGCCAACAUGCUUAUCAGGGACCUCGUUCAAGAACACAUCAGAAGAGCCAUUCGCGUACGUCCAGCACGCCUGAGCUGAGGAGCACAGAUCGCGUCAGUAAUUCAAUGUUCCAAGAAAACUCCAUCCAUCGCUCCCACUCAGAGAGACGAACCACUCCCAAUGGGCCACAGGUAGUGAGUCCCAGGGGUGUGUUUGAUUCACUACGAGGGGGAGAGGGAGCUAUGGACAGACGUGAUGAUAAGGAAAGAGAUCGAGAGAGAGAGAUAGCAUAUGGAAGAAGGAGAGAUGUACCACCGGUGACUACCUUGCCUACGUCCUCAUCAUCUACAGCAUCAAGAAGUCGCUACCAGGAGGAAACCUCAAGUAGCAGUUCAAAUUCCUUGCAACAGAACUCCAGAGGGCCCCGUGUAAGUGCCAACUAUCGUGAUCGACGGCCUAGACGAAGAGAAGAUGACAUCCAGAAUCGCAGGAAUUCUCGGGAUCUGAGGGACUCUCGAGACAAGGAGCAGCCUGCACCAACACCAAAGGAAGUCCCCAAGCCCCCUUCACCACAGAUAGACCUAGCGUCCUUCCCUCCACUUCCUGGACGGACGAUAACAGAGAAUGAGGCAUGUGAGAAGAAGGAAGAAGAGACUAAUAACAAUGACCUAGUCACACCAAUGGCUGACAUUGUCAAGGGAGUCAAGGAUCCUAAGGUACAGCGUGCUGCGAAAUCUCAGGAACCAUCCAAGCCAAACCAUCCAGCCACUAAGGACAGUGCUACUAAUACAAGUAGUAUAGGCGAUGGCAAGGAACAAUCACCAUCCUCUGCAGCUGUUAAAACACCCACCUCGUUACCACGCAAACAAACACAGGUACCUGUCGCUACCCAGACUGACCUGGACCUAUCUGCCAGUCCUGAAGCCAUACCAACCCCUACUACUACCCAACACCCUGCUAAGGUUAGCCAAACUACAAGUACAGCUGUCAAUACCACGGUGACUGCAUCAGCCUCAUCUGCUGCCGCUAUAGUUGCUAGGACGACCAUUACCACGGUAACGGGAAGCACGCAGACAGUCAGCACAGGCAGUCAGACUGCUGACAGCCAAUCUUCACAAACAUGUAGUGCCUCAUGCUCAACUAGUACAACCACACAGGCAACUGAAUGUUUGGUGCCACGUCUUAGCUACGCAGCUGUUAUAGCAAGGAGAGCAGCUAAGGCUAAUGCAGUAUCCACCAAUGCUACUGUCUCCCAAGCAUCUACACCAACUACCACAACUAGCACACUAACCACUAACUCCAACGAGUCCUCCAUACCACCAAGACAAGGUCAGCUAUCACAAGCCUCAACUGUCUUGCAAACGCAGCAACCACCUUACCCACACACACAGGCACCAAACAAAUCAUUUCGACCAAGGUACGGCAUGCGUGCCAAUGAUAGGGAAGCGAACUAUGAACCGAGUAGCAGGUAUAGAAGAGAAUAUUACACUGGUAGGAGGUCCCCACCACAACCACGACAAAUGACUAGCAAGUAAAGUGAGGUGACUGGUCAAGCUGGAUGGUGUUUGAAGGGUUGCUAUCAUGAUAUCUGUCUAUGUCAUAUCAGCUGACAGAGGGAUUGGAGGUGAGAUCCGAGUUGGAACUUGAAUAUAACAAAAAACCUGGGCAGAUUUGAAAUUGUUGUUACUUUUCCUCAGGGUUAUUGCUGUAUCAUUUUCCUUGAAGCAUUGUCCGUUGAAUAGAGCAAUCCUGGAUCAGUAGCCAAGACCAUUCAUACGGAUGAGAUUGAACAUAUCAAAUGUGUUCUGGUGUGAUGGUUGGCAUAUUAUACCAUUAUGUACUUGUGUAUCAAGUUUUGCAUCAGCUGUAUGGCAGAGCUAAACAGGGUCAUCUGAAAUUGAUGAUUGCAGAUUGCAAAAACCAAGUGGUUCUGUGAGUACUACCUCAUUGACAGAUCAAAGAAUAUGGGUGUCUAUACAAUGAAGACAUCAAAGUCUUCAUUGUGACAGAGUACUAAUUAGGUAUUACUUGGAUACUUGGAACACGGGACACACAAGGUGUAUGAUAAUGUUGCUUCUUUGAUUUAGGAGAAAUUUAAACAGUGAGUGAAAAGCCCUUUGAAGCUAAAAGAUAUAUGAAGAAUGUAUGCAACCAAAUUGGUGCUCAAGCAUGUUGAGGAUAUUGCCAAUGUGAAAUAUUGGAAGUCUAGAAUGUGCUUAGGUCUGCUGUCACUUGACAGUGCAUUUAAGACUGAAUCAUUGUUAAUGAAGGGUAGUAGGGUAAUGAUGGCUUGAUGAACUAACUGUGUUUAGUACUCAGAAAGUCAGGUGUUAGUGGGGUCAAUUUCUAUGUUAUGCAGUGAUUUAUUUCAGUAUUGAAAGUGGAAAUAAUACAUGUAGAUUGAGAUACAUGUAUGUGAGAGAUUACGAGAUGGGAGACAGUCCAACUCGGUAUUGUUUUCUUAAAUUCUUAUUAAUUAUUCUGGUAUUUGGGGCAUAGAACCUGUUCCAUUAAUCGUGGAGAUGUUGCAAUAAGGCUAUUGCUGUCCACUCAAAAGAUGUUAAGUCUUUGUUGAAGUUUUUGGUAAGCAUUUGCAACCACUUAUAAUGGAUGUCUGGAGCAAAAAGAUGAAGUAAUUUGCUAUUCACAAUUAUUUGAAUAAUGACCAGUAUUGGACACACAGUCUACAUUGUACAAUGUACUAGUAAUGGACAUGAGCAAUUAUUUAAAUCAUUUGAAAUGCAUUUUGUUUUGCUGAGUUACUUGCUAAUCUAAAGUGCUAGAACACUGGGCAUUUGUUGAUUCAUGUCACGCAAUUGUACUAUAAACUUAUGGAUCUCAAACACAAUCGGUCUGUGAAAAAUGCCCCGUCUAAACAAGAGGGAUGUUGAUAAGUUGCAAAAUACUUUGUACAGUUUGCAGUUGAAUGGGUAUGCAUGGGUAUACAUGGAGAUAUAUCCAUGCUUUGUACAUGUGCAACCCCCAGCUCUUUUGGUAUAAAAUCCUAUUGUUAAAAGUGCCCAAAAUAGAAUACCAAAAAAAUGGAAAGUAUUCUUGCCCUUUGAGUUUUGUUUGUCAUCUCAAACUCAUGUCUUGUUCCAAUGAUAAGUUGUGGGGAAAUGAGACUUUGUUGAGUCAUCAUUGCAGGCGUCUUGCUGAUCAUGUGACCCCUGAUAUUGUCUUACAUGAUGUUCUUUCAGAAAUCUUACAUUGAAUCUCUAUCUUGUAGAUUUCAAGAUCCUUAAAUUUCAACUUCAAUUAUAUAACGCACUUGAGUGUGCUUAGGUAAGGGGAUUAAUUAUGUUACAUUGUAUGUCUCCCAUAUUCAAAUAAGUUGGUUGGAAGUCUUAUCUUGGCUUUUAUUUUAAUUUUAAUUUUUGUGGGAUAUUUAGCAGUUUAAAUGUUUGCUAAAGCCAUUCUACUUCAAGUCAAUGUUAUUUGUAUAUAAUUGUUCCUAUUUCCUUAUAAUUCCCUAUAAACCAAUCUAAUCUGAUGUUGGAUAUUUACAUACGCUUUGACGAAAUUCAGUUAUUUACUUUUGCGAAGUGCAGCAAAAUGAAACAUAGUCUUGUAUCAAAGAGAGAAAAAAUGAUUUUAAUAUAUUUUAUGAAAGAUU